CGUCGUCGCUGGAUGUCAUAUGACUUGUUGACCUGAAACAUGGCGCCGCUGCACAACAAGGUGUUCGUCUCUAAAACUCCCCCAAAGAUCUUGAGCUUCUUUGGGAUUUUGGCGGCAUUGUGCUGCUUUUGUGCUUCCGCUGGAGGCGAAAUCCAAACGGCCAUCAUAGACGAACAAAGCGGACAGCUGUCUGUCGUCGAAGGUUAUCGAGAAGAUUUCGUUGCCUGGGCAAACUUCACGGACGGCAUCGAAAAAACAGGUUGGUCCUUCUUGGAGAUCACCACCAGCAGCCGGUACAAUGACAGCAUCCAAGCCUAUGCUGCUGGGGCAGUCGAGGCUGCGGUCACAUCUGGGCUCAUUUUUAAACACUGGAUGAACACAGUGAUGGGCUACUGUGGGCCUUUCGGGUCUGAAUCCGGCUACUGUGAGCGCCUUAAAGCUUUUAUCUCAGCCAACCUUCAAUGGGUUCAGGAGCAAGUGGAGAAGCAGCCGACCUCACCCUACUGGUACCAGGUGCGGCUGACGCUGCUGCAGCUUAAAGGUCUUGAAGACGGCUACAAUGACCAGCUGGACUUUCCCACAGGUGGCUUCUCCCUCAACCCGUUUGGCUUCAUUCUUUUCCAAAUGGGUGGAGAUCUUGAAGACCUGGAGUCAGCGCUGAACAAAUCCAGUAAAACCCAACCCCUUGGUUCCGGUUCCUGCUCCGCGCUCAUUAAGCUGCUGCCGAACAAUAAAGAUCUGCUGGUGUCACACGACACCUGGAACACUUACCAGGCCAUGCUACGCGUUAUGAAGAAGUACGUCUUCGCCUUCAAAGCUUCCCCUUUAGACAAUUACUCUCUUCCUGGAGCAACUCAGGCCUUCUCGUCAUACCCUGGAUCCAUCUUUUCUGGAGAUGACUUUUACAUCCUGAGCAGCGGCUUGGUUACGCUGGAAACCACCAUUGGCAACAGCAACCCUGCUCUCUGGAAGUUUGUUCAGCCGACGGGAACGGUGAUGGAGUGGCUGCGGAACAUCGUCGCUAAUCGGUUGGCCACCACAGCCAAGGACUGGGCAGAGAUCUUCAGCAAGUACAACAGCGGAACGUACAACAACCAGUGGAUGAUUGUGGACUAUAACCACUUCACUCCAGGACAGACUGACAUUAAAGACGGCCUCUUUGUUGUGCUGGAGCAGAUUCCGGGGCUUAUUGUUUACAGAGAUAAGACCCAGGAGCUGCUGAAGAACGGCUACUGGGCUAGUUUCAACAUACCGUACUAUGUGGAGAUAUUUAAUGCUAGCGGCUGCAAUAAGCUGGUGGAGCAGUUCGGCCCUUGGUUCUCUCUGGAUCAGAAUCCUCGGGCUCAGAUAUUCAGGAGAGACCAGACUCAUGUCAUAGAUCUGGACUCCAUGGUGCGCCUUAUGAGGUACAAUAACUUUAAAGAAGACCCAUUGUCGAAGUGUGAUGGAUGUGAUCCACCUCAGAAUGGGGAGAACGCGAUCUCGGCCCGUUCAGACCUGAACCCAGCUAAUGGCACAUAUCCGUUUGGCGCCUUAAAGCAGAGACCACAUGGAGGAACAGACAUGAAGCUGACGUCCUACGAAAUGUUCAGAGAGUAUGGCAUGCUGGCAGUCAGUGGGCCCACCUGGGACCAGGUGCCGCCUUUCCAGUGGAGCGCUUCCCCUUAUGAAGACUUGGUCCACAUGGGACACCCUGAUGUGUGGGCUUUCAAGCCUAUAAAAGUCACCUGGGCACCCUAAUUGUUGAUUAUAAUAAGUACCAUUGUAGCAUGUUUUAGGGCUAUGACAAAGGGAAAUAAUGUACGAGAACCAGGAACCUUUAUGUAGCAGUGUUGACAUUUGAUUUUUAUUUUCUGUCUUUGUGUUUUGUUGAUCUACUUAACAGAUCUGUACUUCUAUUGAAACAAGCUAAUUAUAAUAUCGCAGUAAUAUUUUAAAUAUGAUUACAGUGUUGAGUAAUUUUUACAAUGAAAAAAACUUUGUUUACAUAUUUUUCAAAUAAACAAUGCUUUGAUUUUAUUCUGUGUAUUUAUGCAUACAAGGUUUAGUCAAUAUACAGGUGGGUGUCACUAAAUUAGGAUCUCAUCAACGACUUUAUUUCCAUAACUAAAUUUAAAAGGUAAAACUCCUAAAGUCAUUAAGCAGAGUGAUUUUUAGCGGUCUGUUUCUUUUCAUUUUGCGUUAUCGCCUUGGUACCAGAAGGUCCUGGGUUUGAUUCCCAGCCUGGGGUCUGCCUACAAGGAGUUUGCAUGUUCUGCCUGUGGAUGAGAGGGUUCUCCAGCUUUCCUAACACACUCCAAAAAUAUGUAUUUUUAGGUUAAUUGGUCUCUAAAUCGCCGCUGUGGGUCAGUGGAUAGUUGUUUCCUGUGAGUGUUUAUGUUGUCAUCUGAUGAACUGGUGAUCUGUACAUUAUGACCCCUCCCCCACCCAGGCACAUAUGUAAGAAUGAGUAGUUAGAAACUAUAUAUGGAUGGCUUAGAGCUCAGGAAAACCCAGGGCUUAUUAUUGUACAAAACUGGAAUACUGUUUUGAGACCCUUUAAAACACAGCAGGAUUUUUCAUACAGAAACAUCUGCCAACUGAAAAGCAUGUUCAUCAUGUAAUACACAUUAUAUUCGCUGAGGGAGUUGUUUACGUGAUUUGCUGCAUCAGGGCGGCACUAUGAGGGUUAUUGUCUGUCUUUUAUUUUCCUCUGGACAUCACUCCAUAAAUUCUCUAUUGGGUUAAGGUCAGUGCUGGACAAUAAAGUACUCUGAUACUA